ACUCACGCGCAGUCCCAACUCCGCCGCGCCCGACACCGGAGCGCCCGCGCCGCCAAAGGUCAUAAGUCGAACACGAAGUUUGCCCUUUGGAUUUUUAAUAUGCCGGAGUAUAGUGGAGCGAAUGGAGCGGAGGCGGUGGAGCUCGGCCGGCGGAACGCUGUGCCCGUCCUGUACCUCCACGGCUCGCACUACGAAGUCGGCUUCGACCAGGGUCGUACCUUCUCAUCUAUUAUCCAAGCCUUCGUGAAGCGUCACUUCGAAAUGCUGCCGUUCGAGCAAGAGUACGCCACAGAGGCGGGGCGCGCUGCGUACGAAAAGACACUCGCUAAUAUGAGACAGCGGUACCCGUGGUACGUGAAGGAGAUCCAGGGGAUCGCGGACGGGGCUCAAGUGCCAUUUUACAAGAUAUUUCUCCUCCAUUGCGACGACAUCGUGCUAACGGCGAACGACAAUCAAGCACCCCGGCCCGACCACGGCGGCUGCACGUCCAUCGGGAUCAAUACGGAUGACUACUCGAUCCUGGGGCACAACGAGGACGCAUUCGAGUCCACACUUAACCACUGGUACAUCGUAUCGGCACACGUCACACCCACGGAUGAGGACAGGAAACACGGAGCUGUAGAUGAGCGGUAUUCGUCCCUGUGCUACGCGGGCCACAUGCCGGGCUACACGAUGGGCUUCAACGAGCACGGUCUAGUUUUCUCCAUCAACACGCUGAGCCCGCUACGGCUGAAGCCGGGAGGCACACCACGCGUGUUCAUCACACGAGCGUUGCUGACGGCCAAGAAUUUUGCUGAAGCUGAGAAGAUCAUGCGAGAUGACGGCCUUGGGGCUGGCAAUGGGUUCAACAUCAACAUGAUCUGGUCGGAGCCGUGGGGCGGCCGACGCCUGUACAGCGCCGAAGUGGCUCCAGACCUAAACGCGCGAUUCUCGUCCGUCAGCGUGAGGAAAUACGAGCGGGAUUCCCUUGCACACACUAACAUCUACCAAAACCUGAACGUGACCGAAGUAGUGGGCAUGAUAGUAGACAGCAGCAUGGCCCGUCUCUGCGCCAUACAAAAACACGCCCCACCACAGACAAGAAGAGAUGUAGCGGAUAUCCUGUCCGAUGCCGAGGGCAAGACGUUCUCCGUGUGGCAGAACAGGCCCGACGCCGUCGUGAAGACUAUAGCCACUGGCAUAUUCGACCUUGAGAAGCGCACGUGGAGCAUGUACAUCGGCAAAGCGAACGAAACGGAGCCGGUCGCCGUGUUGCCCAUCCGGUUCACCCGGCUCAACGACGUCAACUGAACCGGACCGUGUCGUCCCGUACCGAACACGGG